AUGGAGAAGCCAAAGUUCAAGACUGUCCAAGAAGUCCUCGCCGGCGGCGAAAGCUUUCCGGAGAGGUACAUCUGUAAACCCACCGGAGACGGCGAAUCUCUCGACGGACCGGUGCCGGAGAUGGAUAUUCCGGCGAUCGAUCUCAGCCUCCUCCUCUCUUCUUCCCCUGAAGAGCUGACUAAACUUCGGUCCUCUCUCUCCACCUGGGGCGUUGUUCAGGUAAUGAAUCAUGGAAUGAGGGAAGAGAUCGUAGACAAAAUGCAAGAACUCUCGAGGCAGUUCUUCGCUCUGCCAACCGAAGAGAAGAAGAAGUACGAAAGGGAGACGGGCAGUAUCGAAGGGUAUGGAAGCGACAUGAUAUUGUUCGAUGAUCAAGUUCUUGAUUGGAACGACCGCUUGUUUCUCACUACUCAUCCCGAAGAUCAGCGCAAGCUCGAAUUCUGGCCCGAAAUCCCCGUCGGAUUCAGGGAAACUCUGCACGAAUUCACCGAGAAGAACCAACAAGUGUGUGAGCAAUUCCUCAUGGCCAUGGCGAGAUCGUUGGAGCUAGAUGAGAAUCGCUUUCUACGGAUGCAGGGCGAUAACGCGAUGUUGAAUGCAAGAUUCACAUUCUAUCCUCCGUGCCCUAAACCCGACAAAGUCCUCGGCAUCAAGCCUCACGCCGACAGCUCAACAAUCACGCUUGUCUUACCAGACAUAGAAGUUGAAAGUCUUCAGUUCCUCAAAGAUGGGAAGUGGUACAAACCUCCGAUUGUCCCCGCAACCAUUCUGAUCGUCGUCGGUGACCAAAUCGAGAUAAUGAGCAACGGGAUAUACAAGAGCCCGAUGCAUAGAGUGGUGGCGAACAUGGAGAGAGAACGAGUGUCCGUGGCGACGUUUUGCAGUCCGGAUCCAGAGAGAGACAUCCAGCCUGUGGAGGAGUUGGUGACGGAGACAAGUCCGAGGUUGUAUAAGACAAUGAACAAGUAUGUCGACAUCUACUUCGAGAACUAUCAACGCGGACGACGACCCAUCGAAUCUGCAAUUUUGUAACUAAAAAAGAAGCUUUCAUACAAAAGUUUUGAAAGUUUUGUAAAUAGUUAAUGCAAUUGGGUAUCCGAUAUAUAGACCUGAUUACUUAUAUAUUGUUUUUUAUCUC